AUGGAGGCCUUAUUCAGAGAGAAUAGUUCCCAAGACGCUAUUGCCCAAGCUCGGCUUCAGCAAGACUUCCUUAAUACAAUCACAUCUAUCAUAAAGAAACCAAAACGGCUUAAAAAGAAUAUCAGGAGGCUUGACAUAUAUAUGAAGAAUUCAUUCCUCGAGAUCAACUUUCAAAUUGAAGGAAUCUCGCCCUUGAUGAAAGCCACAUCAGAAUCAAAAGUGCUCAACGAAAUUUUGCAGCACGAAAGGAUCGAUGUGAACUUUCGCGACGCCGAUGGCCGAACAUGCCUAUUUUCCGCCGUGAAAUGUCCACAUAUCCAUUCAUUGGGAAGUCUGAUAAGCCACGGGGCUUAUGUUGAUCUGAAAGAUAAUAAUGGUCGCACGUCGUUAUCCUUGGCUGCAGAGCUUGGGCAACUCGACCAUGUGAAAAUUCUGCUCGACUCCGAUGCGGCGAUCAACUCGACUGAUUUAAAAGGCUGGACGCCCCUUUUCUGGGCAGUCUCAAGCCGCCGUAGCGAAACAAUAAGAUAUAUGCUUUCAAUUGAGAGUACUGACAAUGAACACCGAGAUCUAAUUGGUCGAACUCCAUUGGUUGCUGCUGCAGAAACUGGGGAUAAUGGAAUCAUAAGAUACUUGAUCGAUGCGAGAUCGAAGGGCAGAAAAAUCUUUCAUGUUGAACGAGACCUUCUGAUCUGGUCAAUCUUUCAACGAGACAUCGUGACAGCCCAGCUGUUACUGGAGAUUGAUAAGAGCUUAGCCAAUCAUCGGGUCAAAGGGCGGUCGCCGCUGUCCAUGGCCACAGAACUUGGUCAUAUUGAGAUUACCAGACUUCUCAUCGGUUCAGGGGCAGAUUUGGAUGCAGUUGAUGAAAUACAGUGGCCUCCGCUCUGUAGAUGGCUAUUUGCAACUUAUCUCCCACAUGACGAUAUCCUGCUGGAAAUUGAGAAUUUCUCUCUGCUGAAAAUCCACCAACAAAGAAGCCUCUGA